CCCUUGCACCAUCCCCCCCCCCCCCCCCCCGCCCGGUCUCUCUCUCUCUCUCUCUCUCUCUCUCUAGAUGGAGAACUCAAACCCUAUUAUUGCCUCGACAGGCACUGAACCUCAAGAGGAGAGCGGAUGGACGUCUUACUUUGAAGAUUUCUUAGCAACACAGAGAAGCAGAGAAGAUCAACAUAGCACUGCUUCUUUCUCUGAUCAGGAGAGUUUUUGCAGCCCUUCUUUGGUUUCCGAUGCUGCUUCUUGCGCUCCUCUGAAAACCGAGAAUCGCAAUCAAGUCCCGUCGUGUUCUCCGGUUACGGAAGACAGCCGGCCGGUAACGACGAUGCACAAGACAGCCAGUUUCAAGAAAGUUACAAGAACAGAAGAGAUUUCCCGUGAUGAUUCCUUGGAGGAUACUGCUAGUUCUCCUGCUAACAGCCCCAAGGUUAGUAGCUUGAAAGAGAUGGAUAUCAUAAAUCCCAGAAAGAGAGAAGAUAAUAAUGGAGUUGAUAUUAGCAAUUCUCUGGGGAAAGGAGGUGGCUCUGAUUGUUGUACAGAAUUAAUUCCGACGGAAGGGGGGAACGAGAUGACUAUUGAAGGAUAUACAGAGCUGAACAGGAGAGGGUUGUGCUUGGUUCCAUUGUCCAUUUUACUCAACUAUCUUGGUUAAUCUCUCUCUCUCUCUCUCUCUCUCUCUCUCUCUCUCUCUCUCUCUCUCUCUCUCUCUCCUGAGGCAAGGCUCUUGUACAUGUAAAGAGAAACCUGUGAUUAUAUUGAUUCCCAUCAUUUAUGAAAUUGAUCAAAUACCCAUUAAUUAA